AUGAGUGAAAAAACUAGUAUCAUCCUUUUUGGACCAACUGGGCAAGGAAAAUCCUCAAUUGCUAACAUGUUGAUACAAGGUGACAUUAGUCAUAAAGAAAAUAAAUUCGUAGUUAAUUAUGGUGUUGUUGAUGCGAGUGUUUCGAUACAAUGCAAUGAUACUAUGGAUAGCGUGAGUACUUAUAUAGAGCGUAAAACUAAUGAUGAAUUUAUAGUUUACGAUACGAUAAGAGUAGAUGAAGUUUGUUCUGGAAAGGUUUCGCAUAAGAAGACUGUCAAAGAGAUAAGAGAUUAUUUUAUUACUCGUCAGUUUCCGCUCAACUAUAUAGCUUUCGUUAAAAAGAAAGGCAGAUUUACCGAAGAAGAUCUUAAAAUGUUCAACUUAUUUAAAGAGAUCUUUGAGGGAAACGAGAAAAAUUUCAUCAUCAUUAUUACUAAUAGUAGUCAGAAAUGGGUCGAACAGAACUCGGAAUCAUUAAAAAAGAAUUUUAGAGAAGAUUAUCCGAUUAUUCCAGUAGAUUUUCCUUGUAGUGAAGAAGAAGAUGAUGAUGCUGUCAUUCAGCGAAAUAAAAUAGUAGAAAGUCAGAGUCUGCAAAAUUUAACAUAUAAGCUUUCUGAAUUAAAAUACAAGGACACUAAACUUCAGGAUCGUAGCCCGAACCAGACGACCGAGAACAACAUAGCUCGAGUCACUUACAUCAUGCCAGUAGCUGGAACGGCAUACCAACUGAUUUCUUCUGGUAUUUAUUAUGGGAUAGGAAAGACAAAAUUGGCAAAAGAACGACUUAAUAAUGGAAUUAUCAGGGGUUUUUUCGAUAUUGUGAUGUUUUUGUUCUUGCGGCAUUUAAGGCGUUUAGUGCAUUUAUAG